UGAAUUCAAAGUUGCCCUUUAAUGGCAGAAUUGUAGGUAUCAAAAUUCAAGAUGGAUAUAAUAACCCAACUGCAAGAACAGGUGAAUACAAUUGCAGGUCUUGCCUUCAACACCUUUGGGAUGCUUCAAAGGGAUGCUUUUCCAGUUAGGUUGUCUCCUAAUUAUCCAGAACCUCCUACUACUCCUUCUAGUGCUGCAGAGGAUGCAGCUAGUCCUGCUGAGGAACCAAAGCUCGUGAGUGCUGCUCUUGUCAACGCUGCCAAGCAGUUUGAUCUGUUGGUAGCUGCCCUUCCGUUAGCUGAGGGAGGUGAAGAAGCUCAGCUGAAAAGAAUUGCAGAACUUCAGGCUGAAAAUGAUGCUGUAGACCAAGAACUACAAAAACAACUGGAAGCUGCAGAAAAGGAAUUAAAGCAGGUGCAGGAGUUGUUCAGGCAAGCAACAGACAACUGCUUGAACUUAAAGAAACCAGAUUGAAGGCUAGGCAAAUUUUCAGCAUAAUUGUGAUGAGCAUUUUGUAGUACUAAUCUGUUUGGUAGCAUUUGCACUCUGUUCCAAGAAAUUUUUUUUUUUUUGCCAUUAGCAAAUCCAUUCCUCAUAUCUAUCUGAAUUGGGUUUAGUAUGUUUUAAAGUACGAGGAGAA